AUCUAUCGAAGAUGAAUUUCAAGCAUUGACAUCGGAGUUUGAUGGACUGAUGAGGGUAAUGAAUUUUACAAUUGCCGUCCAAAAUCAGAUUCAGAUGAAGGAAGAUCAGAAAAUUCUUAGACAUGACAUUUCGGAAAUGAGAAAGUAUCUUAAGGAGAUCGAGGGCGGCAUCGUAAACAGCAUGUCAGAAAUUAAUUCCACCUUGGAGGAUAUCACACAACUGAAUCUUGCAUGGCAAAAUAAGUUAUUGAACCAAGAUCAAGGAGUGAUUAAAUCAGCGACAAUAAGUCUUGAAGAAUUGCACGAUCCGCUGGUGGCAGUAAGACGAGGCAAGCGUGUUUUUAAAAAGAUACGCCUGGGUGAACAGGUCGCAAUCAAGGAAAAGAUCCUUAAGGAAAACGAAAAAAAAUUCAUGAAUGAUAUCAUUAGUCAAGUUGUAAUAUUGAAAAAACUCAAGGAAUCUACAUACAUACUCAAAUUCUUUGGUAUCGCACAAGAUGCGAACGCCAUGUACAUGGUAACCGAAUGGUGCGAAUUGGGUAAUUUACAGGAGUACUAUCAAAAUAAUAUUAUGGAUUGGUGUCAAAGGGCACAGUUUGCGGUGGAUAUCGCUCGCGGAUUGACAUUUUUACACGCUGUCUCAAUAUUGCAUCACGACAUCCGUUCCGAAAAUGUUUUGAUUACGGAAUAUAGGCAAGCGAAGAUUGCAAAUUUCAGUCUAAGUCGUGGGGCCAAUGAUCCCACAAAAGAUAUUCGACCGACAAUUGACAACGUAAGGUGGAUGGCUCCUGAAAAGUUGGAAAAUCACGAGAAUAAGUAUAAUACAAAGUGUGAAAUUUAUAGUUUCGGUAUGCUUUUGUGGGAGAUUUCAGAAGGGCAGAUUCCAUUUGCAGAAGAACAAGAUUUACUGGUGAUUCGUAAACUUGUGGUUGAACAGAAAAGGCGCCCACCUUUCAGUUCGAAUGUGCCACCGGAAUGGUCGAAAAUUUCUUAUCAAGCGAUGCAUGAUCAUCCAAAUGCACGUCCGGCACUGAAGGAUAUAUUUAUGAUCUUGUAUAGCUUCCAUCAAAAAAACCAACCACAGAGAUCCCCUCGACCAUCUUCAAAUCACAUACCUUCCGAAGAUGAGUUGCCAGGAGUAGACGAUGACCUUGGAAUUGAUGAUCUUACUAUGAGUGUUAAAGAAGCAAUUGCUGAACAUAAAAGAAGGGACGGUGACAAAGAGAGAGUCUGGGAAGCGUUUAAGAUGCACGCAGAAGAAUUCGGUGAUAUGACUGCCAGAUUAGCAGCAUUACAAGGGCAACCCAAAGCUUUGGAGAUGUGUAAGAAGAAGGGCAUCUCUUUGGCGGACACCGAUAGUUGA